GUCUCCUGGGGGAGGGUGCCGUAACUCGUGUCGCGUGACACUGGAGCGCGGGGAGGCCGGCCGCGCGGGGGAAGGAUGGCGCCGGCGGCCCUGCGCUGGGUACUGUUGCUCCUGGUCUGGUGGGACUCAGCAGCCCUGUUGAAUGCUCAGUUUGGUCAGCCUUCAGAAUACAGAACACCAAGCUGUGAUCAGUAUAAAUUACCAGGAUGUCCCAGGGACUUUAGCCCCGUGUGUGGCAGUGACAUGGCCACUUACCCCAACGAGUGCACUCUGUGCAUGAAAAUCAGGGAAGACGGUCGCGAUAUUAAAGUCAUCCAGAGUGGACCGUGCUGACGGAGCAGCGUACACAGAGCAGUUGGGAGAAAUGCCUUUCACCAACUCUGGGUGACCCCAUUUUCCCCUUUUCCUGUCUCUUUGCAUGAGAUUUGUUUACCCCUAUUUUCUGAGAGGAGGUGUGGCAGAGAGCCCUGGGUAAUGACUGAUAAUUAAAGCAAACAGACAAAAAUCA